UUUUAAGGAGUAAAAAAAAUAUUCCAUGAGGUACGACUCUACAGUGCAGCAAUUUAAAUUCUAAUCAACUAUUUCCAAAUUCAUUGUUUUUUAUAGGUAUGAGUUAAGCACAUCUGCAGGUUCCCGUCACUUUAUAGUCAAACAGCUACCCCGUGUGAAUAAGGCGGUGUGCCAGGUGAAUCGUUGUAUACAAUUAGAUUUCUUUCAAAUGAUAAUUGUUGACGUGCGUUUGAAAUGAAAACGAUUUAUUGAGUUAAGGGCUAAAGAGCUUAACCUAUGUAUAGUAUAUUUUAUUUUUCUGUGAUUUAUUGUUUAUAUUGUAUGUGUAUUGUACCGAUACUAAGAUUCACCUUAUACGAGCUUUAUAUAGGCAAUAAAUUAAAAUUAUUUUGUUUUUUUUUUUAUAUUGAGAUAAUUCGUAGGUAAAAUACUUAAUAUUUUACAGUAAUUAAGUUAUGAGCGCAGAAAUCAAAUUUAAAUGUACAAUGUAAUUUCAUCGAGUUUUUUAUAAUGGCGUAAGUAGAUUGUCAAUUAGACUUAUUGUUUUCAAGUUAUGGCCAUUUAAAGUUGUAUCAUUUAUCGUAGUACUUACAUCCAAGGUGUAUGAAUACUAGUUCACGGCUACGUCGUCUGUCAUGUGUUUUGACUGUAAUACCUACAGGUUCAGACUUCAGACUCGGGUUAAGAUUAUUAACAGGGGCUGUAAAAAUACAUCUUAAUAUCUUGUUCAAAUUGGGAAAAAUAUUUUUAUUCAUUUCUGUUAUCCAAUAUCCAAUACGUUUUUAGCAUUCUAUUGCCAGCACAAGAAAUUCAGAUUAAAUCCUUAAUAUUGGAUACAGAACAUUCCGGAAGGGGAUAUAUUUAUCGUAUUUUCAAAGUCUUCUGAUGAAUGUUUAUUACUCAAAGGUACACUCAAGAGAUUAAAUAAUGGUUCAACAGUAGCAACGAGUUUUAUUCUUUCAAUUGUUCGGAAGUUAAUGUCGUCAGAGUGCGCAUGCCGAACUUGGUAAAACAUUGUAUAAUAAAAUUCUUUGUACGCUGAAUGCCGAUUUAUAUUCCUGCUUGUUAUGUUUUUCUCCGUGUACACAAUUAUAGUACACAAUGCAUAUACAUAGUGUAAUAUUCCAAUAAUCACAUACCAUAUCAAUAUGGCAGUUAAUUAUAAUGAAAUAAAACAAUAAAAAAAAAAAACCUAGAAACUAUUAUUUUUGCCGACUUGGUUCGUUAAAUUUCCGAUUAGGAAAUCUAAUUACCAAGUUCGGUGGGGUCUCACAAUGUAUCCCGCAACACCGGCCCUGUCUGUAAUCUUAGACGAGCUCCCCGGGACACCAAAAAUGUAGUCACUUUAACUAUUAAGUAAUCUGUUAAUCUUAAAUCGGGGACAAUUUGUGAUACAUAGAUAUUAAUUAUUCAAUUAUUGUUAAUUUUCGAGAAAUAAGAAGGUCAGUCGAUAGUAAAUCAUCAACGUAGCGUUGUUUAUAAUUGUUGAAAUAUAAUUUAGACGAGUACAUAUUUCCGGUUUUAUCGAUGAUAUUACAUUAUUGUAAAAUGUGUAAUGGUUUAACAUAAAACAAUAAUUAUAAUAAUAUUGAAUACGACAAUUAUAAUAAUUGAUUUUUUUUCGAGUUAACAAAAUGGUGUUGGGUAUUCAAAUAAAAAUAAAUCGUAGGUUUAUUGUAAUUAAACAAAUCAAGUAUUUAUCUUGACUUUUUUUAUAAUUGGCGGAGAUUAAAAUAGGAAUAAAUUCAUCUAACGAGCGGUAAUUAUAUUGUGAUAUUUUUUUAAUUUAUUAUUCGCAUAUUUGACCUAUCUAUUAAAAAUAAAAAUUGAUAGAGGUGGUAAAAAGUGGGGAUAUUUAGUGAAAGACUAUAUUACUAUACGAUUAUGUUCAUUUCAUUAAAAAUAAAUAAUAAUGUUAACAAUAUUUAAUCUAUUAUGAUCUGCUAAUAUUGCGAAUAAUACCUACUCACAAGACAGCAGGCAACUUCAAAAGCGGACCGUGAACGAACAUAAGCAUUGAUGACUUCUGCAUAUCAACGAAUGAAGGAAAAAUUAAAUUACUUACAUUGUACACGAAUCUACAAUUAAUAUAGUCAAUAAUAUAUGUCUCGGUGUGUGAAGAAGCGGAAAAUGGUCUUGGUCGAUCCACUCAGAAUCAUAACAUAAGGUACGAGCCGGGAAUGACAAGAUUUGAUAUCGUUCGGUUCGGCACAAAUAAAGCACCUUGGUGAUGGUGCUUUAUGGCACAUAUAAUAUGUAAAUAUGAUGGUCAUGAAUGAGAAUAACUCGAGAUUUGUGUGACCAUACGGUUGUGGACAGUGAAUAAGUGUCAAUAGAUUCUGAUAAAGUAAUAAAUAACAAUAUAAAUAACGUGCUACAUUGUUAUCAUUAAUAAUAAUUAGUGGAAAUUUAAAUAAUAGUUUUCUCUCUCGUUAUCCGCGUCGCACACACUAUUCGCCGAUCCGCGAGCGCAAAUAUUACAUAAUAAUUAUUACAAAACCAUUCCGUUUGUCGUUGUAUUUGAUUUGAUCGGUGUCUGCCGUUCGAGUGUACCGGUACACAUAUAACAUACAAGAUUGUUGUUUCUCUACGUUGAUUGUUACUUCAAAAUGAUUUCGAUGGGGUUCCAUACGUUGGUCUACCUAAUGUAUACUGCAGUGUUCAUCGUGUCACUGGUCGGCAACGGGCUAGUAUGCUAUGUGGUCAUGUCCUCGACGCAAAUGCAAUCGGCGACCAACAUGUUCAUCGUGAACAUGGCCGUCGGUGACCUGGUCAUGACUCUGUUCUGCGUUCCCUUCCCGUUUGUCACCUCGUUCCUGUUGCAGUAUUGGCCGCUGGAAAACUACGUGUGCCAAACCUUCACAUUCGGCAAAAUCGUUGCCGUGUUGGUGAGUGCAUAUACUUUGGUGGCCAUCAGCGUCAACAGGUAUAUAGCGAUUAUGUGGCCAUUGAAACAAAGAACUAGAAAGCACCAGGCUAAAUACAUAAUAGCAUUAGUUUGGAUAAUGUCUGUCAUUACAUCGUUUCCUUUUUUACUCGCUACUUCGUUAGAUCAGAAUAUAAAAAUGCAUGUUAUUAUUUUAUAACAUCGACUUUAAUUUAUUCAAAUUAAUUAC